CUCAAGAUAGUUCUAAAUGGUCACAUAUGUUUGUUGAUAAAAAUUUUUAAACAAAUUAGUUUAGAUCAAUUUCUUGGGAUAAUACAAAAGUAUGAAUUUCGUGGGUGAGGAUACCGAAUCCGCCUUCAGACGGCACCAAGCGAUUGUUCCCCAGGUGAAGCAGGCCUACGAAGAAGUCAUAGGACAGAUCUUUGCGGAUUUGAGCCCCUCAGAUCUAGACUCCUGUGCCGCCAUUCUCGAGGAGCACGAGUCCUCAACCCUGGACACCGAACAAAUGGUGAACACCGCCCAAAAGGUCAUGACGAAGAUCGUCAACGAUGUAAACCAAUGCUUCUUCGCCGGAAACGAUGUGGAUACCAAGCUGACCACUUUGGAAAUGCUCAAGGAGCAUUUCGCAUCCCACAAGGGCAAGGAGUGGAAUUUCAACAGUGUGUCCCCCGAAGAACUCACUCGCCCGCUGCGCAUGAACAGUUUGGAUUUGAGUAUUCGUUUCAUGGAGCGACAGCUAAAGACUCAGGAAAAGGAACUUGAGAUUGCUAUGACCAAAAGCAUUGAAAAUCGACAGCGUAUUCAAGAUGUCCAGGCUGAGCGAGUGAAAGUGGGGCACUUAAUAAAGGAGAGGAUGGCUCAGUACCAGGAAAUAAAGCCACAAUUAACCGAGAUAGAACGGUCCAUAAAUAACUUGCAUAUGCCACCGAAAGUUUAAUUUCAUUUUAUAAAU